ACAUUAUAUAAUAUUACUAUUGCUCGCUGUAGAUACGAACCUUAGCACCUCCGCGCCUACGAUCCAUGGACCCGACUUCAAAUUUGAUAGUCAAAUUGAGCAAGCAAUGUUUGAAUUUUAUGUAGAUCUCUUUUCAUAUCUAAGCUUUUAUGAGACAAACACUAAAAGUCUAUUCGAGAAAGCUUUACAAGAUAAAACAAUCGUCCAAAAUAAAGACCUGCAGCAGCAGAAAGCCAUUUUAGCGGCAUACAUCGCGAAAGUCAAUGAGCGCCUUAAGCCAUUACCCAAGAAUGCGACUACGUUGGAUGGUUUUCUUUCUGUCGUUGCCAAAAUACAUACGGUAAAUCUGUUUGAAGACAUCGUACAAAAAUUCAAUACUACCGCACUGCUCGAGCCAUCUGAGACCGAUGAACUUAUCGAAGACGCACUCAAACGUAACGGUUUGGUUGAAUUGAUUAAUGAGUUGAAAAUGCGUAAAAUGGAAUUUUUAAAUGAUUUUCUACGUAAAAUGGACACUUAUGUGGCCACCCUAACGGAAGAAGAUAGACGAAAGAGUCAUAGAAUUGUUGAUUGGUAUCACAAAUAUCAACGUGAGUCGGAUGACGAAAGAGCUAACGAUGUAUUCACACAUUUUACCCGUUUGUUUGCGAGAUUUUAAUUCAUCAAUAUUCAAAAUGUGAAAUGUGAAAUUACAUAAAAUUAAACAUUAAUUACACAUAGAAAAAUUACAAAAGAAAAAAAUAUCAAGUACAAAAAGAAAAAUAAUUUUUACGUGGAAAUUUUUACGAGCUUUCGAUAACAAAAAAAAAAAAC